AUGGGUCGCAUGGAAGAGGAUGACAGCAGCUCCUGGAAGAAACAGACGAGCAAUAUCCGAAAAACAUUCAUUUUCAUGGAGGCCCUGGGAUCAGGUGCCUUUUCAGAAGUUUUCCUAGUGAAGCAAAGGAGCACUGGCAAGCUCUUUGCUCUGAAAUGCAUCAAGAAGUCUCCUCUCACCAGGGAUAGCAGCUUGGAGAACGAAAUAGCAGUGUUGAAAAAAAUAAAGCACGAAAACAUCGUGACUUUAGAAGACAUUUACGAGAGCGCGACCCACUUCUACCUGGUCAUGCAGCUGGUAUCUGGGGGAGAGCUGUUUGACCGAAUUUUGGAACGAGGAGUUUACACCGAGAAGGACGCGAGCGUGGUGAUCCACCAGGUCCUGACCGCAGUGAAGUACCUCCACGAGAACGGAAUAGUCCACCGCGACUUGAAGCCUGAAAACCUUCUUUACCUUACUCCUGAAGAGAACUCCAAAAUCAUGAUCACGGACUUCGGCUUGUCGAAAAUGGAGCAGAACGGCAUCAUGUCCACUGCCUGUGGGACUCCGGGAUACGUUGCCCCCGAAGUCCUCGCCCAGAAGCCAUACAGCAAAGCCGUAGACUGCUGGUCCAUUGGAGUCAUCACCUAUAUCCUGCUGUGCGGGUACCCUCCUUUCUACGAAGAGACCGAAUCCAAACUCUUUGAAAAGAUUAAGGAAGGCUACUAUGAGUUUGAGUCUCCGUUUUGGGAUGAUAUCUCAGAGUCAGCCAAGGAUUUCAUCAGGCAUUUGCUGGAGAAAAACCCAAACACGAGGUUUACCUGUGAAGAAGCCCUGCGGCACCCAUGGAUUAAUGGAAAUACAGCCCUUCACCGUGACAUAUACCCAUCUGUCAGCGCUCAGAUUCAGAAAAACUUUGCAAAGAGCAAAUGGAGGCAAGCCUUCAACGCCGCGGCCGUCGUGCACCACAUGAAGAAGCUCCACAUGAACGGUCACGCAGCAGCUGAAAGCACCCUCCCCAUUACACAAGUCUCAGAGGCCUCCAGACCCAACACACCCAUGGUGGCCACCCGGCCAGCAACGCCGAACGAAGACAAAGACAUGUCGCUCCCUCUGGUCCCCACGCGGGGCUGUCCAAACUCCCCCGUUCAGCUGGAGCAGGACACAGGAAUGAGAGAGGGAAAGCUGCAAAGCCACUCGGAGAACGGACCGCUGCCUACGGGCAGCAGCCUAGUCCUGCCAGAUAACCACAGCCCACCAACAAGAACUUCUUGUGGUUGCAGUCCAGCCUGCGUGGGGCACGAGAAGACGAAGACGUCCUUCUGCUCCGAGACGGUGCUUCUUAAAAAGUCUGCAAAAUCUCAUCAUUUCAAAUCAGAAGUUCUUGUUCCAAUGAAAACCAGUAAACACUCUUCUCACUUUGGCACUGGGCAAACCGGAGUUUGUUUGAUCAUGUGA